AUUAAUAUAAAUAAUAGUAUACGUGAGAAAGCAAUGUCACCGCAUGCAAAAUUUGUCGUUUGCACGUAAUUCCUCAGGCUUUUCAUUCAAAUUACAGUUUUGACUAAAUGUUUAUUUUGCCAUCAUCAAUUCGCUAAAUUUCGUUCCGAUUGGGGAAUCGUGCUCACACAACAAAAUUCUACAUACAUUUUGGUACAAAUGCAGGCGGUACUCGUUGGAUCAUCAAAGAUGUGGCGCCAUUGCAGGCGGCACCUUGCUACAUCAAGUCAGUUUCUUCGUUUUAAUAGUUCCUCGUGCAGCGAUUCGAAGCAUUCCGGUGAACUGCGUGACAAAGCGGCGCUGGUCACAGGCGGUGCUUCCGGAAUUGGGUUGGAAUGCUGCAAGGCUUUGCUGCGAGGUGGUUGUCGAGGGGUGACAAUUGCUGACCGCGACAAUGAUUGCGGUGAGGCCGCGCUGAAGGAACUUGCGGAGGAGUUUGGUAAUGAAAAAGCAGUUUUUGUCAACUGCGAUGUUACCAAGAGUGAACUCGUCGAUUGGGCAUUUAAAACCACCAUAAAUGCAUUUGAUAGAUUAGACAUUGUAGUGAACAACGCGGGUGUGCUUAAUGAUAAAGUUUGGGAGAAUGAAAUUCACACAAAUGUGUGUGGUACCAUGGUUGGAAAUCUUCUCGGUUUGCAAUACAUGGCCGCUCACUGCGCGGGAAAAGGUGGAUAUAUCAUUAACAUUGGUUCCACGAUGGGACUCUCUCCUUGUGGUGGUUGCCCCAUUUAUAGUAUGACCCAGUCAGCUAUUUUGGGAUUGUCAAGAGCAUUGGGUACUGGUCAUCAUGUUGACCGUACCAAGGUAAAGGUGAUCGCAAUUGCUGUCGGUCUUACAAAAACGCCAUUAAUGAUCAAUGCUACCAAAAACGCAAUAAAUACUCGCUUCUCCGCGGACUUUAAGAAAGAGAUAGAAUGUCACAAGUGGCAGAAACCUGAGGCGGUAGCAAAUACGGUGCUUGCUGCAAUAAAAGAUGGAGAAGCUGGUUCAAUGUGGAUUGUUGAAAGCGGAAAUAAACCGUACAAAAUUUGCAUGCCAUGCUAUCAGGAUCUGAAAGAAACACAUAAACACACCAUUGCUGAAUGUCAAAUGCCCGGAAAAUUAAACACUCCGCGCGGCGGUAAAGAUGAAGACAAAGAAAAAAGCGAAGCGAAAGCAGAAGGCGAGUCUAAGGCGCCAUUAAGGAGAACCUGCGGCACAUGUCCAGAACCAAAGUGGAACGACGGUCCUCCGAAAAAAGACGAAAAAGACAAAAAACCAGUGAGUGCGGGGGCAAAAGGGGGUAAGGGUAAACCAGGUGCACUGCCUGCAAAGAAAGCAGCUUCUGAUAAAAAGGCAGCUUCGGCCAAAAAAGCAACGCCAGCAAAAUCCACAAAACCACCAGUCAAAGCAGCUAAACCAGCCAAAGCAGCAAAACCUCCAGUCAAAGCAGCUAAACCAGACAAAGCAGCUAAACCAGCCAAAGCAGCUAAACCAGCCAAAACAGCUAAACCAGUCAAAGCACCUAAGGCACCAGCCAAAGUUGUUGCAAAGGCACCGUCUAAGAAAAAAGCACCAAAACCAAAAAUUAAAUGUCCUCUGCCACCCGCAAAAGCCGGGGCAAAAGGAAAGUCAACUGCUAAAGAUACACAGUCGGUGCACUCUGAAAAAUCUGAACUCUCCUUCACUAGUCUUUCCUGCAAGUGCGAUAUAGGCGCUGAAGAAAAACGGGCAAAACAACGAAAGGCCAAAAAAAAUUAAGCAAAUGUAAAGAAAUUAAGAUUCCGAACAAAUAUUAGAUUUAUUGUAUAAAAUUUUAGUAUACACAAUAAACAAAACUUUCUACUCUAA